AGCAAACAUUUCACAUACGACAACGAUGCAAAGUUUGUCAAGGCAAAUACAACAAAAUAUUCUAUGGCCAUUUGGCAAUUGGAAUUGCAAAGUGAAUAUAAAAAAAUUGAUUAUCACACAGCCUAAUACGGACAAGGCAAGCUGUGAACUUGAUCUUGAGACACACAGACUCGAGACUCUGAGACAGAGAGUGUGCCGACACACACACACACACACACAAGCGGUGACCAGUUUUCCUAGGCAGCUUGCAUUGAGCGUUCACUUUUGCAAUUAGCCAACUUGCAACUACUACAAAACGGCGGUCAUCGAGUUUUCGUAAGCUGCUAUAAAAGCGACACUCGAAGUGCCAUUUGACAACAGUUGCAAAUCAUUUGCUUUAAACACCAAAUCACAAAAUCCCCCAAACAAAAAUGUUCAAAGUUCUCUUUGUGCUCGCUGCCUUUGCCGCUGCUCAGGCUUACGCUUAUCCCGGAGUCGUGGCCGUAGCUCCUGUGGUGCACACACCCGUUGUGGCUGCGCAUCCUGCUGUCGUCCACACGCCAAUCAUACAUCAUGGCGCCCACUCGGUGCACUCCCAUGUUGUCCAUCAUCCGGCUGCCGUUAAGGUUGUGCAUCCAAUCGUGGCUAAGCCCGUCGUUGUGCAUGCCGUGAAGCCAGUCGUGCCAUUGGUGCCCGUGCAUCAUGCUGCCCCCGCUGUCGUUGUGCAUCAUUAGAAGCUGCUGCUGUCCCUCCCUCCCCAUUCCAGCUGCCCACCUGUUCCCGCCUUUCCCACUGCCAACCCCUUAAACCUUAAACCUUAAACCAAAUGCUUGCCAUAUCUUAAACCCAUUUCGAGAUCCCAAACAAUAAAAGUUCAAAAGCCAUGUAAAAUUCUAAAGGAAUUCA